AGAGUGCAGUCCAGAAGAACAAAAACAGAUAGAUAUAAUGAUGACGUUGCAGCACUACUCCAUUUUCUCUCCCAUUAAUCCACCAGUCACCAAACACAGAAACCCACUUUUGCAACACCACCAGCACCACCACCACCAACACUUCCCAAAGUCCAAUACCCUCUUCACGUUCAGAAUCUCUUCAAUUGGCACUGCUCCAUUCUUCCAGGACAUUGCUGAGAUUGCUCAAAACAAGGUUCUGAUUGCAGCUGGUGCUUCAGUGAUGAUUGGGCAGCUUUCUAAGCCAUUUAGUUCUGUGUUGCUGUAUGGCAAGGACUUUGAUAUCAAGGCUAUUAUUCAGGCUGGAGGAUUCCCAUCAUCGCACUCUUCUGCAACAAUGGCUUGUGCAACAUUCCUUGGCCUUGAGAGAGGAUUCUCUGAUCCCAUUUUUGGUUUCACAGUUGUGUAUGCUGGUCUCAUUAUGUAUGAUGCUCAGGGUGUAAGAAGAGAAGUUGGAAUUCAUGCAAGGACACUUAACAAACUACUGCGCUACAUUCACAUUAACAACUCUAUACGUUCCAAAGAUAAUAAUGAUGGUUUAAUCAACUUCAAACCAGGUUUUGAAAAGCCCAUUUUAUCCCAAGAUGCCACUUCCUUCGACUCAAAACAGAGAAAUAAUAAUAAUAAUAAUAAUAAUAAUAAUAAUAAUAAUAAUAAUAAUAAUAAUAAUUUAAGCCUAUUAGUUAAGCAAGGAAGCAAAACAUGGCAAACUGAAGGUGAGAAACUAUCCUCAACAGAAACAGAAGAAAUCAGAAAAUUGUUGGUUUCUGAUGGCUUAUUCCCAUUGAAAGAAUCCGUUGGCCAUACUGAGGUUGAAGUCAUAGCUGGUGCAUUGCUAGGGAUUAUAGUUGGUUUGGCUGUUUAUAAUUUCAUGUAAACUAUUGAUAUUUUGUGAAUUAUAUUUCAUAUAUAUUAUAUUAUGUUACAUCAAA